AUGGGUUUCACUGCUAAGAGAUCUUAUCUAAAGAGAAUGAUAUCUAGUAGUGAUGUAGCAUGUUACAACUUACUUAGAAUGCAUAGAUCAACAUUUGAUAAGUUAUGUUCUAUGCUAACGGAUGUGGGUGGUCUUAAACCUUGUAAGAACAUGCUUGUAGAUGAACAAGUUGCCAUGUUUUUACACAUACUAGCUCAUCAUGUGAAGAAUAGAGUAAUACAACACAACUUUGGUAGAUCAGGAGAAACUAUUAGUAGGUAUUUCAACUCAGUUCUUACUAGUAUGAUGAGACUUGGAGAUAUGUUGUUGAAGAAACCAGAGCCUGUGCCCGAGGACUCUAACGACGAAAGGUGGGAAGGGUCCGCAGCAGAUGGACGGGUUCUUCGUGAUGCCAUAAGUAGAAGGAAUGGUUUGAGAGUUCCACAAGGUUACUAUUACUUGGUUGAUGCUGGGUACACCAACUGUGUGGAUCCACUUGAAAAUGAAGUUCAAGAAAUGGGUGUUGAUGUGGACGGGAUGGAAAACACUCCAAUUCAAAACAUGGAUGCUUCUGAUGAAUGGGCUACCUUUAGGGAUACUCUUGCUAAUGAAAUGUUCACUGCUUUUGCUUCUAAUAGGACAUUUAGAUGA